CAAAAUCCUUAUUCCCUUUCAUCCGAUCAUCACCUUCUUUCCUUCCUACCAAACACAGUCUUAAAAUUAUUUCUAAAACCUGGGUCUUAUAUAGAAUUUUAAAAACCUGGUGGUUUAUAGAAAAAUAAACUAAAAGUUUUGUGCACAUCGUUCGGCCAUUUCAGGUCAGUGCGCGAGAGACUUCAGACGUCAAGACAAAGAAAGGAACAGAGAAGACGGAAGCAGAGGCCACUCAAACUAGAAGACAUGCAGAAUCAAGAGGGGCUUGCUAACGCAGAAACGGAAAAUUCCAUUCAAACAUCUGAAGUUGAUGAUUGGACAAAUUUCAGGGAUGAUGAUAUUAUGCAACAGCAAACUGCAAUCCGGGCUGUGGAAGCUGAUAAAUUUCCAUUUGUUGGCGACAAGGAGCCUCUUUCCUCAUUAACAGCUGAAUAUCAGUCAGGAAGCCCUAUUCUGCUGGAGAAAAUAAAGGUGCUUAGCGAACAAUAUGCUGGCAUCAGGCGAACACGAGGAGAUGGGAACUGCUUCUUUCGAAGCUUUAUGUUCUCGUACCUGGAGCAUAUUCUUGAUUCACAAGACCGAGAAGAAGUUGAUCGUAUUACUGCCAGUGUUGAAAACUGCAGAAAAAUACUUCAGAGUCUGGGCUAUGCAGACUUUACCUUUGAAGAUUUUUUCUCUUUAUUCCUUGAGCAACUGGAAAGUGUUCUUCGAGGGAAUGAAGCUUCCAUAAGUCAUGAUGAACUUUUACAGAGGAGUCGAGAUCAGUCAAUAUCUGACUAUGUUGUGAUGUUCUUCAGAUUUGUCACCUCUGGCGAAAUACGGAAGCGCGCGGAGUUUUUUGAACCAUUUAUACUGGGAUUGACAAAUGUAACAGUAGAGCAGUUUUGCAAGACGUCUGUGGAACCAAUGGGUGAAGAGAGUGACCAUGUGCACAUUACGGCAUUGUCAGAUGCUUUGGGCGUGCCAGUUCGUGUUGUAUAUCUUGACCGCAGUUCAUGUGAUAAUGGUGGCGUCAGUGUAAAUCAUCAUGAUUUCAUUCCUGCUAUUGGUAAUGCUACUGUUGGUGGCUCUGAGUGUAUCAAUGGUGGUGGCUCUGAGAGUGUCAAUGGUGGUGGCUCUGAGAGUGUCAAACCAUUUAUCAACUUGCUAUACCGACCAGGUCACUACGAUAUUCUCUACUCAAAAUGAAAUUCUCUUACCUUGGAUGAGCUGGUGCUUGUCUUAGUGGUUUAGUUACUGAGAAUCCUUUGUUGAGUGAGAAUUUGGUUCCUGAACAUUAGUUGUGACAGACUGCUCCUCGCUGUUCACAAUGCCACACUGCAAUACAAUAGAGCUCUUUACUACGUCACCAAAAAAUGUGAAUUAGUUGAAUCACUAAAAUGCUUUCAUGUUUUCAUUGGAUGAUGUGGCAUCCUUGGUAUGGUCAUGAGGCCUCUUGUGAUUUGCAGGAAGUUGACAAUAACAAUGUCUCUAGAUUACUCUCAUGUUGGUUACUGAUGAAUUCACCUUUACUGUAUCGUUUAUGUAUGUUAAGCUUCUUGUA